UGUAAUCAUGUUUUGAGCGUAUUGAUUUCGUGCGCGCGCUCCAAUUGGCAGCGUCUCCGGCGCCGGCGCGUCAUCGUCGGUUCACGUCGACGAGUUGUAAGCAAAUGAGAACCUGUGUGUGUCGGUGAGAGGGUGUAAAGGGUGUAAAGGGUGUAAAGGGUGCACAGAGAGGUGUGACCGGGAAAAAAAGACUAUUUUAUUACCCUGACAAGUGGAUAUUAGAUUGGAUCGCUGGACUAAUUUUUCUUUUUGUUGUAAUUUUCUUUGCGUAUUUUUUUUUUCAGACUGGGAAUUUAUCGAUUGGUCACGUGCGUCUCUUCGUUAUCGCCGCAGACAGUUGGCUGCUGUUCGGGGUGAAUGGACCUGAAUGUGCCGCUGCCAGCUCGAUCCGUGCAGUCUGGAAGAUUUAAUAAUUCACGGUAAUCACGCAUUAUCGCCUCAGUGGAUGCUCUCAACGUAGCUCUGGUAACCCCCCCCCCCCCCCCUCCUCCUCCUCCACUCCCCCACCUUUCUUUUCUCAUUCUUCCUGUUGUCUUCCUGAGGAUUUAUCGACGACACGCUUUGCCAAUACGCUCCUUAUCAGAAUUAUCAUCUGUUGCUGCCGCUGGAUUGAAAAGCGCCCCCCCCCUCCCUCCCUCCCUCCGGCUCCCCCGUGACCGGCGCGGGCGCGCGUUACGGAUCGGCUGCCUGGAGGUGAUGUGGACCUUUUAGACCAGAAGCCGUUCGAUAAUUCACUCCAGGUAAAAUGGACGAAAAAUUACUCUUACUUUUAUUACUUCUCUUAUCGCUCCACGCGCGGCUGUGAUUCGGCUCGUGCGCACCAUGGUCCUCGCGCUGCGCUGAAUUGCUCCUUAUUGAUUCAGACCGCGCGCUUAAUAGGCAACAUUCAACGUGAAGUGACACGGAGGACAGUUGGCUAUUGGCAUCGUGGAGGUAUCCCCCCCCCCCCCCCCUCCCUCGCAAUUGAUUUGAUUUAUUCCAUUUUUCGACGGAGGGGUCAAUGCUGAUGAUGGAGGACGACGAACUGGACGCUCAUCAGGUUGAUUCGGAUUUCGAACCGCAGAGCCGGCCUCGCUCGUGCACCUGGCCGCCGCCGUGCCCGGAGGAUUUCCCCGGAGGACACCAGGUCAGCGGGGGUCUCCCGCUGGCCAACAUCAAGGUGGAACCAGACGAGGUCCCGGCGUGCGUAGCGGGGCUCGCGGGCGGAGCGCCGGGAGAGCUGACGCAUGCGGCCGGCACCCCGGCACCCGCGGGCGCGACGCACCCCUGCUUGGCCGGCGCGGCGCUGGAUGUGACGGGACCGCUGCGCAAAGCCAAAUCCUCGCGGCGGAACGCGUGGGGGAACCAGUCCUACGCGGAUCUCAUCACCCGCGCCAUCGAGAGCACCGCGGAGAAGCGGCUCACGCUGUCACAGAUCUACGACUGGAUGGUCCGCUACGUGCCCUACUUCAAGGAUAAGGGCGACAGCAACAGCUCGGCCGGCUGGAAGAACUCCAUUCGACACAACCUGUCCCUCCACACACGCUUCAUCAGGGUGCAGAACGAGGGAACAGGGAAGAGCUCUUGGUGGAUGCUGAACCCAGAUGGAGGGAAAAUGGGCAAGUCCCCCCGCCGGCGAGCAGUCUCCAUGGACAACAGCACCAAAUACCUGAAAAGCAAGGGCCGCGUCAGAGGCAAGAGGGUUGGCCGUCCCGGGACCGGAGCAGGGCCGGUUGUGGCUGGGCUCCAGGGUUCCCCCGACCGAAGCAGCCCGCCACGGAAAGGCCUCCCUGGAGCUGGAGGUGCAUCUGGGAUAGAUGGAGAGUUUGAUGCCUGGACGGACCUCCAUUCCCGAGCCAGCUCAUCAGCCUCCACCCUCAGCGGCCGUCUUUCCCCCAUACUCGCCGAGGGAGAGCCGGAGGAACCCGAGGAGGGUGGCCUGUCCUGUUCCACCUCCCCCCACCUCUACCCCUCACCGACCAGUGCCCGGUCUCCCUCCAGGGGGGCGGGGAAUCUCUGUCCUCCCCUUGAGCAGCUGCCCCAACUAGCUAACCUGACCGGCGCCAUCAGCCUGGAGGAGCAGCUGGUGGAGGAUAGCUACCAUCACCACCACCCGCCGCAGCAGCAACACCAACAGCAUCCGGCUGUUGGACGACACAAGCACCCGACCCCUGUGUACCACUACAGUUCUGGAGGGAAGGGGCAGAGUCCCUACGGGGCCGGCGCCUACGGGGCCACGGGCAUGGGGAUGCUGCGCCACCACUCCCCCAUGCAGACCAUUCAGGAGAACAAGCCGGCGAGUUUCUCUGGUACCAUGCGGGCGUACUCCAGCACCAACGCCCUGCAGAGUCUGCUUACAGGCGGCCCGGCCAGGCAACAGUACUGUUCCAAGGACAUGAUGCUGGGGCAGGAGAGGGAAAGCCAUCCCAUGAUGGGCCAGGCCAGUAAUGGAGUGGGCUCCGGGCCUCACAGCCACCACCCGGGCCACCUCAACGGCCACAGCCACAACGGAACUCACAGUCACAGCUCGGCUCACGGCCACAAUAGAACUCACAGCCAUACAAGUGGUCAUAAUCACAACAGCGUCACCAACCACAGCUCACCUCUCAGCCUCGCUCACAACGGUCACAACCUCAGCCACAGCCAUAGCAGCACGCCGCCGCGGGCCGUGGCCCUCAUCCCGCGUGGCAACGGCAACCCGCUGCACGCCUACGGCCACAAAGCUCCCUACCUGUACAGCCCGCCAUCGCAUGCGCACCUCCCCGCCUCCACCACCCUCCCCCCCAACCCAGCAGGUAUGCUCGGCAUGCCCCAGGACUCGUGCCACGUGGCCGCUGCCCCACACCCCCGCCACAACCAUUACCCCGAUCCACAGCACCAGGGCAUGGCCGACGGGCCGUACCACCACGGCCAGGGGAUGGGCAAUGGCAGCGUAGGUAGCAACUACCACGGCUACCACCACCCUCACCCCCACGAGAGACUACCAGCCGACCUGGACAUCGACAUGUUCCACGGCAGCUUGGACUGCGACGUGGAGUCCAUCCUGCUCCAUGACAUCAUGGACUCCGGGGAGGAGAUGGACUUUAACUUCGACUGCUCCCUGGCCCAGGGGGUGGGCAUGGGCAUGGGGGUGGGCAUGGGUGUGACCAUGGGCAUGGGGAUGAGUGGUCUGACUGGACCGCAGCAAGGCCACAGCAACCAGAGCUGGGUGCCAGGCUGAAGUCUGGGACAGAACUUACCCCCCCCAGCCCCCCCCGCCCAUGACACGCUGUGCUCAACUGUGACAUUCCUGACUCGGCACAGAGACUUUAGGACCAACGCUCCCCUCCCGCUAUGUUGUCUUCUUUUGCCCCCCCCCCCCCUGAGAGAUGUAGUUCACGUCACAUUGGUUUUUUCUCCUUAUCAGCUGUACUGUGAUGACAAUCUCUCAGCUGUGCUGCCCGUCACUGCUUCUCACCGUCCAACGUGAGAACUUAACUCUCAAUGCACUUUAUGGCAAGUGGGUCCCGUCUCAGAGCAGCGGGGGCAGAGCUCGGCACGUCGCGUGAGGAAGCUGCAGAAUGGGACGUAAACACAGGCUCCAUUGAUUAGGUCUUUUAUUACAUUACAUGUCAUUUAGCUGACGCUUUUAUCCAAAGCGACUUACAAUAAGUGCAUCAAAGUCUUGGUAUUGAAUUCAAAUUGAACCUUUUCUCACAUCGUUUGGGACUAGAACCGUAGACCAAUGCUGCUGAAAAUCUGUUUUUCUGUUUGAACUCAUCAGAUCGUUUAGUUGUUUUCUUUUUUUAUACCUCACAUGCGUUUAGUCCUUGAGGCUCCUGGAUGUAACGUCGUGUCAUUGCCCUUUAGCCUUCAGUAAAGAAUGCUGUCACUACACCGUUAAGUCGAUUUAAUCAUCACUGGCGACAUGCAAUUUGGUGGAUUAAAAUGCUGCAUCUCACCUGAGCCGCCAGCUUCCUCUCAAUGACCAUUUCUCACACGCAGCCAUUAAGGUGUCCCGAUUGAAAUUCAGCAUCUUGCUUUUAAUCUCCAAAGUGAUGCGGCGGCGAUGCGUCAUUAUUGAGAAUCUAACAUGUUGUCCUCCCAUCUCUCACCACCCCCCCCCCCCCCCCCCGGGCGACGUAAUGCGCCGAGAAAGCAACGCGAGGCCGUGAUUAACGUCGAGUCGCUCUGCCGUCCUGCUCUGAGAAGGACCAGCGUCCCCUCAGAGGGGAAGGAAGAACAAGCGCCUGUUGUGUCAGUGCGAUCAAUCAAUGUGUGUGUGUGUGUGUGUGUGUGUGUGUGUGUGUGUGUGUGUGUGUGUGUGUGUGUGUGUGUGUGUGUACUCGUAUUGUAAAUCAUCCCCAAUGUCGGUAUUUUGUAUUUCCUUGUUUCCACGUUUUCAGUGCUUCAAAUACUCAAAUGGGUUUGAUGGGACGUCAUUAAGGAGAAAACAAUCAGCUGAUCCGAGAGCAUGAGUCUAUGUGGGUGGUUCUGCCCCCCCCCACACACCCUCAGCCCCCCCAUCCACAUCCACUUUUUGUGUGUAUAUUCUGUUGUCUUGUAGUUGUUGUUGUAUUGUUGAAAUUCUAAGGACCAACGAGGACACGUCUGAAUUAUCCACAGUCCGGGUGGUGACCUUCCUGUGUUCCACUACGGUGCCCCCCCCGCCCCCCCCCCCCCAUCACACACACACACUCCCCUCAGCUGUGGGAUUCUCCAGCUUGUUUCUCGCAGCCUUGAGAGAGGAAAACGACACCCGUAUUCUCCAGUUCCCUGAAGGAGACUCCCUGCCCACAAAGGGAAAUGAUGGGGGGGUUAAGAGCAGGGCAGGGCGGGGGGCGGGGGCGGGGGGGUUUACAGCCAAAGGUCAAGCACAGCACAGACUAUCGGACCCAUUAUCGGAGUAAAUACCUUUAUUUCAGGGCUUUUAGUCGCGCUGGUUCCAGAUAAUCUCCGUGAGGAAAAUGCGAGGAAUUUGGGCCUCACAGAGGCGUCACGUUGAAAGCUGCAGACGUGUAGUAACGCCCGGCUAUUGGAAAGAGAGCUAUAUGAUGUCUAAUUUUCCUAUAUUUAUUUAUCAAAGAGAUUGGUCUUUGUCACUCCUACAUGUGGUAGUUGUUUGAGUCAACUCCUAACCCUUCUUUUCUCUGUUUUCUAAGAUGUCUCUUUGCUCCUUUUACUGACUUUUAUUUUGUACAAAAUCUAUAUAUUAAGAAUACUGUAAAAUAGUUUUUGAAAUCUCGAAAUAAUAUCAGUUUUGUUGUCUAUUUCUUUUUUAAGAGAAUGUAUCUCAUCAUCUGGUGACUGGUAAAUAAAUGAAAUAUAAAAAAGGUGUUUUUUUAUUAAUGCAAAACAAGCUGAUAGAACAAAUCCACGUGCUUUGUUUGUUCAUUUAUUUCUUCAUUAUGUUGUUUUGUGCUUAACUUAAGCACAGUCAGACCACCAUGUUUCACCUGAGCACUAAGCGGCAGCGUGGGAGGUG